CUACAUAAGAACACAUCGUAAUGUGGGGCCAAGCGUUCGAUCGCUAAUUAUAGAGCUCAGGGUAUUCCUGAAGAGUCCGACGAAGAGAGGCAUUGGCAACUGAACACCACUUGGAGAGAAGGGGGUUCACUUCAACCCCCAGGUCGAGUCAGCCGGGGGCUUGGGCGGCAAGCAGCACCAUGCCUGAACCUAUGGAAAUCGAUGAGCCGAGGGGCAUCAAACGGAAAACUCCGUCUUCCGCGGACGAAAGCCUGCCUCGUCGGAUUAAGGCUUUGGACCCUGAUGUCGUAAACAAGAUUGCCGCGGGGGAGAUCAUAGUAGCGCCCGUCCACGCUCUCAAGGAGCUGAUGGAAAACGCCGUCGACGCGGGGUCUACGUCCCUAGAAGUUCUGGUCAAGGAUGGCGGCUUAAAGUUGCUGCAGAUUACCGAUAAUGGAUGCGGAAUCAAUAAGGAAGACCUCCCAAUCCUUUGCGAAAGGUUCACCACUUCUAAGCUGAAAACAUUCGAGGACCUGAGUAGUAUAGCCACCUAUGGCUUUCGGGGAGAGGCUCUGGCUAGUAUCAGUCACAUCGCACAUCUCACUGUGACCACCAGAACCAAGGAUUCCGAGUGCUCAUGGCGUGCACACUACGACGGAGGCAAGCUGUCGCCAGCCAAGCCCGGCCAAUCACCUGAUCCUAAAUCAGCCGCCGGGCGCAUCGGCACCCAAAUAUCAGUGGAAGACCUGUUCUAUAACGUACCGACGCGGCGUAAAGCGUUUCGCUCCGUGUCUGACGAGUUCAACAAGAUCAUCGACAUGGUGGGACGUUAUGCCGUCCACUGCACCGGCGUCGCCUUCUCCUGCAAAAAGUACGGCGACCCGGGCACGUCGAUCGCGGUGCAGUCGCAGGCCUCCACAAUUGACCGGAUCCGCCAGAUAUAUGGUAGUGCCGUCUCAAAUGAGCUCAUGGAGUUCACCGCAUCAGAUAACCGCUGGGGUUUCAAAGCUUCGGGUUGGGCCACGAACGCGAAUUAUCACAUCAAGAAGACCACUCUUCUCAUCUUCAUCAAUCAUCGCAAUGUUGAAUCUUCGAAUAUCAAGAAGGCUGUAGAGCAGGCGUAUUCCGCCUUCCUCCCCAAAAACGGUCACCCCUUUGUUUACUUAAAUCUAGAAGUCGAUCCUCAGCGAGUGGACGUCAACGUUCAUCCGACUAAGCGAGAGGUCAAUUUUCUAAACGAGGACGAAAUCAUUCAAUCCAUCUGCGAAAAUAUCCGCAACAAGCUAACGGCUGUCGACACAAGCCGCACUUUCUUGACACAGACCUUACUCCCCGGUGCCCCGCUCGUCGACGACCCAUCGCAGCAAAGCGGUGACUCCCCUUCGACCAAGACCCUAAGUGCUUCGCGAAGAACUCCGAUGCGGCCAUAUGAAAAUAACCUAGUUCGAACGGAUGCUUCACUGCGCAAGAUUACUAGUAUGUUUCCCGCGGUCUCCCAGCCGUUCGGCCUCGGCGUACCGAGCCAAUCCGCACCCGGAAACCUUCAGGAGCCGGUCUACGAGACGGGAAUUCGUGAGCCGACCCGAUGUCGACUAAUCAGCGUGCACCAACUUCGUUCUGCCGUCAAAACUGAUAUACACACAGAGCUAACCGAUAUAUGUGCCACCCAUACGUUCGUAGGCAUCGUAGACGACAAUCGCCGUCUAGCUGCCAUCCAAGCAGGCGUCAGAUUAUUUCUUGUUGACUACGGUCGGGCAAGUUUCGAAUAUUUCUACCAAGUCGGGCUCACGGAUUUCGGGAACUUCGGCGUCAUCAAGUUUCAACCCGCUCUUAACCUCCGCGCUGUCCUGAAAAUUGCGGCGGAGCAAGCGAGAGCCGCGUCCGAGGAUGAUGAUUUCGAUGUGGAUACAGUCGUCGACAUGGUAGCCGGGCGAUUGGUCGAGAGGAGGGAAAUGCUCGUCGAAUAUUUUAGCCUUGAAAUUUCACCGGCCGGAGAGUUGUUGAGCAUCCCGCUUCUCCUAAAGGGCUACACGCCAUCUAUGGCGAAACUGCCACAAUUCCUCCUCCGUCUCGGUCCUCAUGUAGACUGGACAGACGAGAAACCGUGUUUCGAAUCUUUCCUCAGGGAGUUGGCAACGUUCUACGUUCCAGAGCAGCUCCCGAAUACCCUGGGUAAUGAUGAGGCAGAGGAAGAUACGCCUGAUGAGGUCAAGGCGAGGAGAGCGCAAGUCCGUCGUGCUGUAGAGCACGUCCUCUUCCCGGCAUUCAAGUCAAGACUGAUAGCAACUAAAAGCCUCAUGAAGGGCGGGGUGCUCGAGUUAGCAAAUCUCAAGGGGCUCUAUCGAGUCUUCGAACGUUGUUAAACCGCCAGCGGAUAUCGGAUAUAAUUCCGAGUCUCUAAUAAAGAACGCUAGCGCUUCGCCAUGCUUUAAGCCCGAACUAUCUUACGGUUUGCUCUACAAGGCCCUCUAUAGAUUG